GAGUGCCGGAUUGGCUGACUCGAGAGCUGCCCGUCUCGGAUCAGAUUUCACUCGGUUUGCAGACCAUGAAACACAGACGGAAAUAGCUGCCUCGUGCUGACCUAUAACAACAUGUUUUUGAAGUUUUUCAUGAUUUUUCUGCAGCCUGCAUCAGAUUACUGAACGGUCUCAGCAGGUUUAAGGGACAUCACAACAUUUCAGCCAUGGCCAACAGUCCUUGUCUGAGGGGUCCUGAUGGGAUUCUGAGAGCAAUCCAGAUCAAUUUACUGGAGUGCAAAGUGUGCUUUGAGAAGUUCAGCACUCAGCAGAGGGAGCGCAGACCACAGAAUCUUUCCUGUGGCCAUGUUCUCUGUCUGGAAUGCAUCACGACUCUAACCCACCCUCUCCUGAGAAAGCUUGAGUGCCCGUUUUGUCGACAGCUGUGCAGCAUCGACAGCACCUCUCACAGCCAGGUUCUUACAGAUCUGCAGGACCUCUUGUUGUCAUGGAGUCCCACAUCUUCAAACGGAGACCUUGGCUUUGCCACAGGCCUGACAUCUACAGCUCUGCACCUCUGCGCAGCUUUCGGCGGGUGGGGGGCUCUUAUCAACCCCACUGGGAUUGCGGUUUUUGGGUCUUCAGGGACAAUCGUGGUGGUGCAUGAUGGUGAGAAGAGGGUGGUGGUGUUCAGCCCACAGGGGAAGCAGCUGCACAGCUUUGGGCCAAGGGGUCGAGCAAUUGGUGAGAUUUUGUACCCUGUGGAUGUGGCGGUGACUCCCUGUGGUUACGUUGUGGUGACGGAUACAGGGGAUCAAGCUGUGAAGGUUUUUACUUCCAGAGGGAACCAUGUGUUGACAGUCAAAGGGUCCUUCCAGAUGCCCUGGGGAGUGGACACAAACAGCUAUGGGAACAUCCUGGUCUCAGACACCCAGGCUGGCACGCUAUCCCAGCUAAAAGUGGACUACACUCGUGGUCACGUUCUGGAGCAUCAACCAGUCGUUUUGGACCUCCAGUAUCCAAAAGCGGUGGCCUGCUGUCAGGUGUCUGGGAAUGCUGCAGUGUUGGAGCAUUUACCUGAUGAGAAGUAUCCUCAAAGGAUUCACCAAUACACACGAUUACGAGUGUUUUCAAGAGACUUCCACCUUCUUCAUCAGACAGAUACUUUCAGCCUGACCCUGCAGUCCACAGUGAGGAUCCACAUGUCAGGCCUAACCUUUGACAGAGAUGGAGAUGUGAUUGUAGUUGACUCCAAACAGGGAAUGAUUUGGAGUUUGGGGAAACUGCAGGAAGGCCAAGCCCUGAGUCCUCUUGUAGGAGACCUCAUCAGACCAACUGGACUGGUGUCACUGAAGCACAUGCUUGUCAUUCUGGACAGUGGAGACCAUACAGUGAAGAUUUAUUCUGCUAAAUCUGAUGCUUUGCUUAUCCCAUAGCUCAUACUUUAUAUGAUGGGCAUGGAUGUGAAAUGUUGCUCAUUGUCACAUAAAGUAAUGACAUGAAUGCAUGAUAUUAUAUUUAUAAAUACAUUUAAAAUGUAAAAUGUUUUAUAUGAUGGUAAAAAAUAGGGGUUCUGGAUCUGGAUUUUUUUAGUAUUUUGAAUCCUGGUAUUUUCAGUGGUUGUAGAUUAAGUAUAAGUGGUAUCAACAAGUAAAAUAAAUGUUUGUCAUGCUGUUA